AUGGAUGAGAUUGCAACGAAGUGUGCGGGCUUACAGUUGUCGGAAAAAGAAGAAAGCGAGGUGGACCUGAUGCCACCGGUGACGGAAACAGGACACGUUUUGGUGGGCCGGUUUUGUAUGAAACGCCGAGUUAGCCUUGAAUCGGUGGCGCGAGUGGUACGGUCAUUUUGGCGGACUGCGAAGAACUUCGAGGUCUGCGAUUUGGGAGAAAACAAAGUCUUAUUCCAGUUUGAGGAUGAGAACGACCUUGACAGAGUGCUUUUGCUAAGUCCCUGGGCUUUUGACAAGUACCUGGUGCUCCUCCAUAAACUCAAUGCGGGUGAAGCGGUAAACAAAGUCCAGUUCAACCAGACGUCAUUUUGGGUUCAGAUUCACGGGCUUCCCACCAUGAGCCAAACAAGGGAAGCCGGAAUACGUAUAGGGAGCAUACUGGGUAAGGUUGAAAAAGUCGACGUGGAUGAGAAAGGAUUUUGUUUGGCAGGGUACGUACGCAUCCGAGUAACAAUAGAUAUCUCUCAACCAUUAUGUCGGGGAAGGAUGGUUCGCAUAGGAGGAGCAUCACCGAAGUGGGUAGAUUUUAGAUAUGAGCGGCUACCCAUCUUCUGCUACUGGUGUGGGAAGGUUAAUCACGACGAACGCGACUACACUCAAUGGCUACGGAGCAAAGAAUCUUUAAGGGCGGAAGAUAAACAGUUCGGGGCUUGGUUGCGUGCAUCACAGGAUCGGCUUUAA